AUGUCAAUCCGUUCACCCACCUUCCUCAUGGGACUCGCGAACCUGUUCGCUGUUGGCGGUGCUACAUAUCAUCUUCGAAGCCAUCACAUCUACAACCUGGAAGAGCACGAAGCACGGAUGGAUGAGCUCGAGGGAACCUUGAGAGGCCAUAUUGGAUUGAUCGAAGAGUCUCUUGAGCGAUUAGAAGGCAAGCAGAUUACCAAGGGCCAGAAGACCAAGCGAGGCCGAGACGAGAAGCAGGACAAGCAGAAGAAGCAGUAG